AUGAACAAUACUCCUUCACUUCUGCACGACCAUGAUGAAUACCUGAAUGAGAAUGUGUUUCUGCGAGGAGUAAAAAUCUAUGAAACGUUGAUUGAUAAUUUAGCCAGCACUCAGUACCACCUUUAA